AGAUGUGGUAUGAGUGCCAAUGAGGCAACUCUCCAUCCAAGUUACAAUUUAUAAAAGUAAACCAUUAUAGGUCAAGGUACGGCCUUCAACACGGAGCACUGGCUCACACCGAACAGCAAGCUAUAAAGGGCCCCAAAAAAUUACUAGUGUAAAACCAUUCAAACGGAAAAACCAACGGUCUAAUUUAUAUAAAAACGAGAAACGAGAAACACGCAUGAACUACAUAAACAGUCGACAACUACUGUAAUCAGAUUCCUGACUUAGGACAGGUGAUACAUGUAUGUAAAUUACACAUCGUCUGUGUUUAUCCUACAUAGAGAGAAAUGAUCAAUAAACAAAUAUGGUCUGUCAUUUGAAAGAACUGGUAGGGAAAGUUGCCUUAGUAACCGGUUCCACGAGUGGUAUUGGUUUAAGCAUUGUGAAACAUCUAGCAGAUCUAAGGUGUAAUGUAAUUUUGAAUGGAUUUGGCGAAACAAAACACAUUGAGGAUGUUCAAACUAAUUUGAAAAGACAUAACAUUCAAGUAAACUUUUUCGAGGAUGAUUUGGCAACUGUUCAAGGCAAUUUGACAUUAUGUGACAAUAUAUACCGUAUAUAUCCGACAGGGGUCGAUAUUUUAGUCAACAACGCAGGUAUCCAGCAUGUGAGUCCAGUCGAAACAUUUCCGAUGGCCAAGUGGGAACACAUGAUUGGUAUAAUGCUGACGUCUCCUUUUCUACUGGUUCAGAAUUUUUUAUCAGAAAUGAAACACAAAGGAUGGGGUAGAAUAGUUAACAUUUCUUCUGUGCAUGGAUUAGUAGCCAGUCCAUAUAAGGCUGCCUAUGUAUCUGCAAAACAUGGUUUGCACGGAUUGACAAAGGUGGUUGCCUUGGAAACAGCAGGAACUGGCGUAACGUGUAAUGCCAUUUGUCCUGGGUUUGUAGAUACGCCAAUUUAUCAGAAACAAGUAGAAUCUCGGUCACAAACUGAUGGAUGCAGCUACGAUGAGGCCUCGAGACGGAUCUUACAUGUAAAUCAUCCUACAUUACAACCUAUUGGCACUCAUCAGGUUGCAAAGUUUGUAGAAUUUAUCUGUUCUGAAGCAGCAUCACAAAUCACUGGUUCUUGUUUAACUAUGGAUGGAGGUUGGACAGCUAGGUGACUUUAGUUAAUGGAAAUAGCGUGGAACUUCUGGCAGCCAAGAAAUUUAUAUACACUUAUAACAUGGGAAAUCAUAUAUAUAAUAAAACAUAAAGUAUACAUUUAUUGAAGUCUUAACACUUUACAAAGUCAGGAGACUAUAUAAAUGUUAAAAUGUAUGUUGGUUAUUUGCAUGUUUUCCAGCUGAAUAAUGAUAUUGAAAA